UGGCGGUGCGCUGUGGUUGGGCUUUAGUGGGACCCGACCGUGAGGAACAGUGUUGGCGACGCUGAACUACAACGCAGAGGCUCUCGGGAGGCCUGCACGGAGAUCUGUGGGAGGCGACAGGACUCGAAUGGGGCGAGGGGCCGCCGCUGUCCGCGGGAUGCUGAGCGCCCGUCCGUUCCCCCCAGCCCACCUAUGCCCGGCUACGAGCUGCCCGUGGGCACGUGCCUGGACAUGUGUCCGGCCGCCGAGCGCACACAGCGCGAGAAGGAGCGCCGCCUGCACCGCUUCGAGGUGGCGCCGGGGUGCCGCGGGGACCGGCCCCGAGCCGACCCGCAGCGCGCGGUGAAGGAGUACAGCCGGCCGGCCGCCGGGAAGAUCCGGCCCCCGCCGAGUCAGCUUCGUCCGCCGUCCGUGCUGCUGGCCACUGUGCGCUACCUGGCCAGCGAGGUGGCCGAGCGCACCGAUGCGUCCUGCGCGGAGGUGGCCAGCUUCGUGGCGGACCGGUUGCGCGCGGUGCGGUUGGACUUGGCCCUGCAAAGCGCGAGCGACGGCGAGACGGCGUUGGUGCUGGAAUCGGCUCUGGCCGUGCUACUGGCCGUGGUGGCGCGGCUCGGACCCAACGCGACGCACGGGCCAGUGGACCCAAUGUUGCUGCAAGCCCAGGUCCAGGAGAGCUUCGGUUCUCUUCGCCGCUGCUACGCGCUGGGCGCCGGCCCCCACCCCCGCCAGGCCACCUUCCAGGGCCUCUUUCUGCUGUAUAACCUGGGCUCAGUAGAGGCCCUCCACGAGGUUCUGCAGCUGCCUGCAGCUCUGCGUUCCUGCCCGGCCCUGCGCACCGCCCUGGCAGUUGACUCCGCCUUCCGGGAAGGCAAUGCCGCCCGCCUCUUUCGCCUGCUCCGGACGCUGCCCUACCUUCAGAGCUGCGCUGUGCAGUGCCACGUGGGCCGUGCCCGCCGGGGAGCCCUGGCCCGCCUUGCUCGUGCGCUCAGCACCUCCAAGGGCCAGACCUUGCCCCUGGGCUUCAUGGUCCACCUGCUGGCCCUGGAUGGGCCCAAGGAGGCACGGGACCUGUGCCAGGCCCACGGACUACCCUUAGAUGGACAGGAGAGAGUGGUGUUCCUGAGGGGUCAUUACACUGAGGAGGGGCUGCCACCUGCCGGGACCUGCCAGAUACUGGUGGGGAACAAACUUGGAGGGCGCACUCUGGAAGACGUGGUCAUGGCAGAGGAGGAAGAUGAGGCUGUGGACAGACCCAUGACCAAGAUAUGAAGAGGACUGUGUGGUCUCCCAGAGCCCCGAGUCGGGCUGGAGCACUCAGGUUUCUUUUUUCAUGAUUCCUGCACGAUACAAGGAACAACAGCUCGGCUUGAUUUAUUUGGGGAGGGCAGGGAGGAGUUGAGACGUGCUGGGGGUGUGGGGGAAGAGGAACCCAAACUGGACCAUGCCCUGUCCACCCUGGGCCUUAGUUUCCCUGCUGAUCACUGGGGGUGGCUCUGGCGGUCUCUGAGUUGACAUCUAAGAUUGGCAUUGUGUGUCCCAUCCUCACCCAUCUUCACCAAGAGCAGUUGGUAGUUUUGCCAUUCCCCUCAUCCCUGUCUCCUGUUCACCUUCUGCCGACCAGGAUCCAGCAAUAGGGAAAUUUUC